AUGGCCGAAGAGCAGGCACUUGACCGUGUACACCGAAUGGGUCAGCUUCAGGAGGUAGUUGCCACAAGAUAUGUGGUGAAAAACUCCAUUGAGGAGUAUGUCAUCGAAGUACAGAAACUGAAGACCGCCGUGAUCGAUCAGUCCUUCCAAGAGGAAGGAUCAAUAGACAUGAUGAGCUUGAAAGAACGAUUCAUGAAGUAUCUGGAUACCAACGAGGAAUAA